UGCUUCCUAAUUGGGACCAUGACGAGCUGUAGCUGCAGCUAUAAGAGGAUGGAGUGUCUUCAGAGGCGCAUUGCUCAGUCAAAAGUCUCCUCACCUUGACCUCCACCCUACAUCGACAGAUACGCAAUCAUGCCAGACAAGCUAGACGUCGAGGGCCUCCUCAAGGAGUCGAAAGCCGAAUACAGGCGCUUGGGAAAUAGCGGCCUCAAGGUUUCGGUGCCCAUUCUGGGUGCCAUGAGCAUUGGCUCGUCGAAGUGGCAGCCGUGGGUCAUUGAGGAAGAAGAGUCGCUACCGUUGCUGAAGGCUGCAUACGACCGUGGUCUGACAACUUGGGACACUGCCAAUGUCUACUCCAACGGAGUCUCGGAAGAGAUCAUUGGCAAGGCGAUCAAGAAGUACGAACUACCCCGCCACAAGCUCGUCAUCCUCACCAAGUGCUACGGAUACACGGGCGAAGACCCAGGUCUGCGAACCAUCCAGUAUGGCACGGAGCUUCCACAACUCCGAGACUACACCAACCAAGGCGGCCUGUCGCGUCAGGCCAUCUUCAACCAGGUCAAUGCCUCCCUGAAGCGUCUCGACACCGACUACAUCGAUCUCCUCCAAAUCCACCGAUUCGACCACAACACACCUAUCGAGGAGACAAUGGAGGCGCUGCAUGACCUGGUCAAGAGCGGCAAGGUGCACUACAUUGGUGCCAGCUCCAUGUGGGCCGUGCAGUUUGCGCGGAUGCAAUUCGCUGCUGAGAAGAACGGCUGGACCAAGUUCAUCAGCAUGCAGAACCACUACAACCCUGCUUUACCGCGAGGAAGAGCGUGAGAUGAACAGGUUCUGCAACGACACUGGUGUUGGUCUCAUUCCGUGGGCACCCCUCUGCCGUGGACAUCUCGCCCGCCCCUCCUCCGCUUUCGGCAGCACCACGCGCUCAGAAGGCGAAGAAAAGGCCAAUGCGCUGCAGACCGGCCGCCAGAACAAUGACAAGCAGAUCAUCGAGCGCGUGGAGGAGCUUGCGAAGAAGCAUGACUGGAAGAUGAGCCAUGUCGCGCUCGCGUGGAUCAAUAAGCGCGUCUCGAGCCCCAUUAUUGGCUUCUCGAGCGUGGCGCGUAUGGACGAGGCGCUUGAUGCACGAGGCAAGGAGCUGACAGAGGAGGAGGAGAAGUACCUCGAGGAGCUGUAUGUUCCUGUCAGCAUUGUAGGUCACUCGUAGUGGAAACAUAGCACACCAGAGAGUAGCAUGGAUGGAACAAACGAAGUCUGUUCAAUUGAAGUGUCACAAAUCA